CAAAGUCUUUUCCUUCCUGCUUCUUGGGUGGGGGUGGAAAGUGGUUGUUGGCUCUGCUCUUCCAACAAGGAAUGCAUCGGUGGAUGGUCCUUUCUGAUAUUUGGACUUUGUAGCACCUCUAAUGAGGACAGUCUUAGCCUUGAGGCAGAAACUGGCAGAAGACGAAGGCGUUCCUUCACUCCUCUUGGAGGCUUCCUUGGCACACAGAUCAAAGAUGGAAGAGGAAGAUUCAGCUGGCCCUGAAGCAGGAAGAGGCCCCGAUGCCAUCAAGACUGGGAGCACUGGAGGAUUCUGGGAAAGAACCAUGCAGAAGAUCCAGAGUGAGGAGGAUGCCGUCAGCUCAGAUGCGCAGCACCAGCAGUUUAGGCAUUUCCGCUACCAGGAGGCUGAGGGCCCCCGAAAGGUUUGCAGCCAACUCUAUCUUCUCUGCCGUCAGUGGCUGAAGCCAGAGCAGCACACCAAGUCUCAGAUCUUGGACCUGGUGGUCCUGGAGCAGUUCUUGGCUAUCCUUCCACCGGAGAUGGAGAACUGGGUGGGGGAAUGUGGAGCAGAGACCAGUUCCCAGGCAGUGGCCCUGGCUGAAGGUUUCCUCCUGAGCCGGGAAGAAGACAAGAAGCAGGCAGAGCAGGAGGUGACGGAAUGGUGCAGGCAAGACUUCCUGAGCCAUCUCUUCUCUGUGGCGGAGGGGAAGCAGCAGCUGUGAUACCUGAUCAGGGUCCCGUGUCCUUUGAUGAAGUGGCCGUGCGUUUCACAGAGGAGGAGUGGGCGCUGCUUGAUCUUGACCAGAGAGCUCUGCAUCAGGA